AUGGUAGACCGCACAAUUGUUGUUAGGCGCAAUGUUGUUGACCCUCUACUUGAAGGAGAGGUUGUUGAUGAUGGCAUCGAAGAGAUGUUGGUGGAGCAACUCGCCAAAGAAAAGAUACUUUCUACUUUGCUCUUGUCGAACGUCUCUGAUGAAGUUGUUAAGAGGAUGACUGAGCGUGUUGCUGAAGCCGACAGGGAAGCCUUCAAGCUCUAUGCUCUGACCCUUAUAGAUCAAGCCAAGGCUGCUCAGGGCGCAAAGCGCCGUAGGGUAGAGUCUGAGCAAGAAGAGGAGGAUUUCGACAAGUUCAAGAAAAACAUCCAGGAUCGAUUAGGUCCAGAUGUAAAGGUUCCUGCUACAUUGGUGCCCCCCUAUCGCUUGCUCAACCGCCUAUCGAGCUCUCCCUUUGAUCACAUUGCGGCCCCUGAGUUGUUGGCCAGCGCUGCAUCAACUGAAAGACGAGGCAUUCAGCAGGCUGAAGAUGUUAAUACCGGCAAAGCCGUCUCCGUGCGCACAGGUAAAUCUCGUAAAAUAACGUCGCUUGCUCAGUAUGUUGAAUUUUACAUUCGCUGGUGUACCGGAAUCUUUAAGGUGUGUGGUAAAAAGUCGUAG